UUACAGGUACUGAAAUUUUGAUUUUUCCUGGAAUGUUGAUGCUCUCAUCUGCUGGCCUCAUCCUUGUGACAACUAUUUACCAGGUAAUAUUUGUAUAUGAAAGUGCCGCUUACCUUCUAUAUGACAUUUGGUAUGUGCACAAUGUCUCUGCUAAGUAUUUGUCAAUGGAGUGGCCUUCAAGGAAAACUGGAAGAUACAUUCACCCUCUCUCUUACCCAAUGUUGCCAUUAUUUUCACCCACGUUGUGAACGUAAUUCAACGAUAUUCUGUUGAGAGAGGGGGUGUUUUAGACAAGAUACGGAAAUCAGACUACAAUUUAAUUAAACUCUCACAGAGGCAAAUUAAAAUUUUAUUAACAGGUUAAGUCCACGAUUGCAGCUAACUAGGAGGUAAUGCUUUAAUGAAAUGAGCUGGAAACGAUUGAACUGCUGGGAGGGUCUGGGGUUACCCUAGUUUUAGUUGCAGUUCAUCUUGAACCAUCACAUCUUGCAGCUUUGAAAGUAAAAAUAAUAAUUGAUGAAGAUAAGAUCUUCUUGUGACAUUUCUUCUCAGAAUGAUCCAAAUAUUACAUACACCAAAAGUCAUAUAUAUUCGGUGUUCGUGCCACUUUAUAACGGUUACCAUGGCCAUGGUAAUUAGAGUUCUGUUAAGAACUUCUUCAUGGUUGCGCACACCACUCGCGAAAGGAAGGUAAUUGAGAUUCUAAGAAUUUUGUUCUUAUUUAAAUUCACUUAUAUAAAAUUAUGAUUAUCCCUUUCAUAGAUUGCAAAUCUGUUUGAUAGAUGGAAAUCUUUAGUAAUAAGUUCAUUUUGCGGAGGCAUAGAUUCAUCAUCUGCUGUACUGCUUAUCUGUAAGGUACGUCUUAUAUCUGAUACAAACCAUUUAGAAUUAAAUAAGGAACUUAUUUGUAUUCAUCUUAUUUGAUUGUACUACUGCCGCCACUAGCCUACAUGAAUUACAUUGAGUUGAAUGUAUUUCGUAUAAAUUGUUUGGGUAUACAGUAUAUAAUGAUUACCACAUGAGUGCCAGGUUAAAAUGCUUCUUAAUGCUCUACAACUAGUAAGUUGGCGUAUACGUUUCAUCGAUUUUAAAGUACGAUUUUCUUUCUGUUGCAUUUCACGUAUGUAUGAUAUGUAAAUAAGCCUUACUGUGAAUUUUCAAAUGACACAGAUGCUUCUGAUUUUAAUGAUAACUCAUUAUGCAUUAGCUUCCAGUGCGUAUUUCUACGUAGUACGUACUGAUUUCAGAAAGAGGUUUUGAAAAUAUCUCACCAGACAUUACGACAAUAUACCAACAUGUAAACAGGGACGUUUCCUCAUGGUUGUGUGUAUGCGAUUAAGUAUUUAUAGCACGUCGGUAUGGCACACGAUUAUACGCAGUCGUAGGCCUCAAGUUUUCUACUAGGAUUAGCUGAUGUAAUUUCACACGACUUUUAAACGUUAUACAGUACAGGGACAUUAAAGCUUUUAAACUUCCAUAUAAACGAUAAAACUUUUCAACGGAUUUUAAGAUGUGUUGUUUUGCAUUUCAGUUGUUGUACGAAGCUGGUGUUUCAUUACAAUCAAUGAUCAUUUCCUACUUUCUGCUCGCCAUCAUCUCAACUGUUACCUUUACAUUUAUUUUACCUCCAUUUACAAUUACUUCCGAAGCCAUAACUGAAUCUGGGAAUGCAAAGGAGAGGUCUGCCAAACCGAGGGUAAAUACUGUGAUUAAUUUCCAUUUAAUUUGAACAAUUCUCUAAAUUCUAAUAUGCUAUUAGUCUGGUCUACUGUGUUUGGGUUUGCCAAAUAUUAAAAUGUCCUUUUUCCUGACAAGACGACGAUUAUUUUACAAGCCUUCCGGUAUGGGAAUUCGAUUUAGACCAAUUAGUAGCUCAAUCAGUGGGUCCCCAAAAUAUAAUGUAUCUAUAUUUAGUGAGCAUUUGGCACGCAUAUUGGAACAGCUAUACAAUGAAGUGCACACAGUUAGGAACUCGAAAGAAUUAUUUGUAAAACCAAAGUCACAUUAUAGUUUUGACGAUUCAUUCAAAUUUGUUUAAUGUUAACCUUUUUGAAGACUUUUUCGCAACAGUUAUUCUGCCAACUCAUGAUCAAGUUGUAUAUGAGCUGAUAGUCUUAUAAGAUGAUAGAUGAAUUCUUACAUUUGUAAGAAUUUUUCAAUUUAAACUGAUUAAAAAAAUUAUAUUUUUGAAAAACAUAAUGCGAAAGAGCGAAUAUAAAAACAUGAACAGAAUCUGAAUAUAUAUCUUUAGAAACACUUAUAAAAUCAAAAACCCUUUAUAGAAGUAAAGUCAAAUAGCUUUAAAUUUUGUUUCGUCUUCAAAUUUUUUGAAGAUUGCACAUGAAUUAUCACCACUCUGUCAAUCUGAAGUUAAGAACGAAAAGGAGGAAGAUGACGAAGUUAAAGAUAUUGAUGCCGAAUCAAGCGAAGGUAGCAAAUAUAUCUCGUUUUUGUCUUAAAAAAAUAAUUUACCCAUGUAAAUUGUGUUUUCAGAUUUUACCGACUGUUACAGUUUGAUAUACAAGAAAGCAUCAGUGCACAAUUAACAAUCAUGUCAUGAGCACGAGUCGAGACGGCGAAAUUCUUCGCGUGAAAUUGUGUCGGUGAAAUAUGAUGAUUGUUGCACAUAGAUGAUUAUAUUGAAUUUUGCCACUUUAUUCGCUUUCGCAAUGAGUAAAAGCACAAUUUAUCUUUACUGCGCAUGCACAAAUUCAUUUCGUGCAAAAUGUUUUGCAUUUCGCCCAGAAAAUCCGCUCGUGGAAUCAGAUCUUAACGCUUGGAAGCCUCGUGUAUUGCAGCAAAAGGUUUUAAACUUAUCUCCAUCCCCUGUAUCCAAAUACCAUCCCCAAUUAAACAGAAUUAUAUCUUAGCUCAAAAGUAUAUAAACAUCUGUAGUUCACAGUGGUUGCACAUAAGAAGGUAAGAAAAUUGGGCUUUGGACGCAAUUUUUAUGAAUUAAUGAAUUGCCGAUAUUUAUAAACUCUUCAACUGGAGCUUCAACUUAUUACUCGCACUUUGAAAUAAAAUAAAUUUAAUCCGUACAGGACGCUAAUCAAUCUCGUUUUCCGACCCUGCGAUCCUUGGGAAGCUAGGAACGUGAGGCUCUGGCAUAAUCCGUUGCCGGAAGCCAGAAAUCCUGGCUAAGACCGAACUGCGCAUUCCAUAUCAACAGCCAAUCAGAUUCCUCCCUGAAACGAAUUAUCACAGAGCCUCACGUUCCUUCCCGAGGAUCGCAGGCUCGGGGAACGAGAUUGGACGCUAAUGAAAAUAAUUUGCUUUUUUGAAUGAAAAUAAUUUGCUUGCGUUUUUCCAAGCUUUCUUACAUGUAUUUUUUAUAUUUUUUGCCUUCUUCACUCCUGGCAAACAGCCAUAUUUUGAGAUCAGUGAGAUGACCACCCACCGAGCCACGCACGGUAACCCACGCCCGCGAUCAUUGAUGAACUUUAGACUUCGCUAAUACUUUCGUUUCCCCGGGUGUUAAUAGCCGGGCGGAAUUAGUACCUUCGCCCCGGGCUUACGCCCGAAACGGCGCUCCGCGCCGUUGGUUCGGGAAUCAUGAUCGGAUUACUGAGAAAUGUCAACAAAGUAUCUCUCAAACCAUUGUUAAUGCCGUAACUAAAGUCGGAACACAAGAAGCUACAAAACCUAGAGAUAAGAGCAUGGAACACGUCAAUAAAUCGCCAAUUUCUCCCCUAGCCUUUCAUCGGUUUCCCUAAGGUCUCCGCCAGGAAGCCCGUAAACAUUGAACAUUCAACAAUCUACAACAACGUCAAGAAAUCAAUCAAAUUCGUUUCCAUUUGGCUUUAAGCUUGGACAAAUGACAUUUCAGAACAGUUAUUAAGUUUUAAAGUUUUAAUCUGUUUGUUGUGAUAUUUUGCAAUUUGUGUACAUGUUGAGAGUAGCAUGUUCUUAAAUAUUAAUUAAAAACCAGGACGAAUUCGUUUUUAGUUUAUUGUUUGUUCGAUAUAAUAGAAAUCAUAUUGGAUUCAUCUUCGCCCAAUAUGGCAAAGAAGUCUUGAACAUUGAAGUCUCGUCUUAAUAUUUUGCCAGAAUCCAAUAAGAUAUAAUAUCUAUAUGUCUUCGCAUACGUCAUCUCAGUAUUAUUCGCGCGACCCGUACUCAAACAACUAUCAGGUCACUAGCUAAGUGCUGGCGUCAGAUGAAAAAUCAUUCCAAGGUCGCCCUACACCAGUGAACUAAAAAUACCUGGAACGCUACUUCCAAUAGGAUUGGCUUAUGAUCGGAUGAAGCCAAAUUUUACCUCCAGCCGCGCGUGUUCUACCUCCAGACACGCGCGUUUGUGUUGCGAGACAUUCUCGCGAGACCAUUUCGGCGAAGUGACUGAAUGUUUUUUCUCGGGCGAAUGGAUCGAAAAUUGUCGUUUAUUUAGGGCUUUAAGCUAUAUUUUUGUAUUAAAAGUGUAUUUAAAACAUAUCUUGAACCCUACCGACUAAAAUUGCAAGGAAGAAAGUAACCGAUUGGCCGACAACAAGUGCAUAUUUGAAUGACUGGAACGUUUAUAUGCAGAUGAAACUUGAGAAAGAUAAGUAAUUCUUUAUCUUAACGUAUUAAACAUAUAUUUAUAACAACUUCAUUGAUUGUUAAACAAGAUAAGUUUAUUUAAUCUGUAUCUAUCACUUUGUUUGCCUUCGUUGACGACUUGUUCUGUGUAUUUCUUGCCGAAUGUGAAUAAUCGCAACAAGAAGUACUUGUCCGCGAAAAAACUUUCUUAAUGUUUUUAAUUAAUGUUUAUAUUUGUUGUAAAACUUAAUAAAUACUCUACUACAAAACAUAAUUAAACUGUGGUUGGUAGUUUGAUCUUGUUAGAAUACCUUUUUUCCUAACUUUCAGACGAAUAAAUUGGAAAACGAAUGAGCAAAAUAGGGAAAUUCACACAAAUACUUAUGAUUAGACCACGGCAAGCUCCACUCCUCGCUGAACGGUUUUUCUCGAAAAAGGAAAUUUAACUAUGAAUUCUACACAAAUAAAUUAAAAAUAUUUUACCCAGGAGUUUUGAAGGAUGUUUUUAUUGUAAAAAAUGUACUGGUAGGUGCAUUUUACGUCGUCUUAAACCAUGUUUUAGUGCAUUUUUUUACCCAGUUUUGGAAAUUUAAAAACCCGCGUUCAUUCCCGUUACGUGAAAAGACUGGGCAUGACAACAGUGGGCAUGCCUGGGCAUGGCUUCACAUUUCCGGUUGGAGGUAUCGUUCCAGUUACUUUAGUUCAAUGCCCUACAGAAACAACUAUGGCGGGAAAAUAAGUGCUGACGUCAUUUAGCGGGAAAUUUUUGCUGGAUGGGGGCUUACGUACUAUUAGCAAUGCAGCAGUUUACUUCUGCAACAACUUUUAGUGUCUUCGCGAAUGGAAUAUCCCUGGGUGGUGAGGUUGGUAGGAAUUGUACUUUUAAAUCGCUCUCUGAUUGAAUGUCUUACACAUACAUGCCCAUGCAUUUGGAAUAUAGACAGUGAAAGCUUAAAUUCACGUGAUGAUGCACUACCUUAUUUUUCUAGAAAGAGCACCUGGGCUAAUGAGUCAGAUGUUGACAGCUGAAUAUAUACUGUCAGUUUUGUACAUGAGUGUGUGUAGCCUUCGUCUGUGGUUUUAUGUUGGUGAUUUAAACUCAUAUUUGGAAUUUAUGUCUGACUAUGACAAGGAUACAGGUAAGUUGACUUUCAUUGUUUGCUUACUUUUUUCAUCUUUAAUACAGCAAAACGGAAACAAUUUAUUUGUGCGUUCGAUCUUUUAAUAUAGUAAGCAAGUAUACCAAUUGGUUUGGCAUUAUUCAAUGUACUGGUUUUUUCUUUGCUCCCAUCAUUGGUUUUGUCAUGGACUGGAGACUAAAGAAGAAAGGGAAUGAGAAAACUGAUCAUGGUUUCGUAGCUGGUUAUCUUUUGACUGCAUUUGUUGCUUUAAUAUUGAAUAUUCUUGUUCUCGUUCCCAGUCUAUCUGUGCAGGUAUUAGAGCUAUGAAAGUCAAGGCAUUAAUUAAUCUAAAAACACCGCUAUAAUAAAUAAUACAAGAGCCACGUUCCCAGCGACAGCCGGGACGGGGUAUACAAAUUCCGUUCUGCUAUUCACACCAGAGAAAAGGACAUCAAGAGGAUUGAAAAGUUCAUCAACUAUCGCAGGGUCAUGGGUGUCACGGGGUGAUCAACUCACUUAUCUCGGAAAUAGGAACAGGCAAGAAAAAAAGAAAAAAACGUUUCGUACGACAUUUUGAAGCAUUGUUUUGAAUUUUGCUUUAAAACGAAAUGAUCAGUAAACAUUCAUUAUUAUUUCAAGAAAUAGAAAACGAGGGAAUGUUGGGAGAAUACGAGAGAAGUGUGUAAACACGCUAAAAUUAAAACGUAAUAACUGACUGCAUAGGGAAAAAUGUUCGAAAAUGAUAAAAAUAACCCAACCUCACAAGGAUAUGAAUUUUCUGUUGUUUUGCUGCAUCUUACAAGUCGGAUUUGGCAGCAAAGCGGUGGAGUCCACAAUAUAAUAAUUUAUGUAUGCGUGUGUAUACGUGCAUGUAUGUAUAUACGUUAAAGAGUCAUUGUCAUGCAACCACAAUGCAUUGUGUGCCCAAAUCUGCUUGGUGGCCAUUUUAAUGGCGGCAUAAUAGAUGUUUCGGUUUUCAACCAUAAUAUAUUACUACCAUCCUAUGGUUAUACUGCUCAUUUUAACUUUUUAUACUAAAAUUGGACAAAGGAAAUGUUUAUAAUCGUCAUUUGUUGCUAUUUUCACUUCCGAAAGUAAAAUGUAAACAAAUGCAUUGACUUUUUAAUUGACUCUUUAGUCUUUAAAUGACUCUUUAAUUGGUAUCCAUAUAAUUGAGUGGUUGAUUUUAAGUGAAAAUUGCGUUGGACGGCGGAUAACUUGAAUGCAUAAUCUGCUGGAUAUUAAAUUUAUCGAAGGUCUGGAAGUAAUUUUAAUCGACUAUCCAGUUGAUGAAAUUUAAUCUAGGGGUCUGGCGUUAACAUUCAUAUGUAUGAUAUUUAUAUCAUACCAGGUACAGGGGGUUUGACGAAUUUUUGGGUUUACUCAACUUUCCAUCCUUUGGUUGAACAUUUCCAUCACUGGAUCGUGAGAGAAAUGCAUGACUAAUAUUUUUUUCUUUAUUUAGUACGUUUCAUUUCUCGUCGAAGUUGUUUUUAGAGCGUUCAAUUACUCUGUUUUCCCUGCAUUUCUUAUGCACAAGUAAGUGUCAUUUAUAGACGUGGGAUAAUCCCCAAGCAACUAGAUGAGGGACUGGGAAGUUUGUCCAGCUAAUUACACUGCAACAAUGCUAAGUUAAAAAUCAUCAAAAUGUUUGUCAUCUAUUAUACGGGGUAGCAUUCUUCGAGUUAAGCCCCAACGUUUUGCAAGAUGUAAACGAGUUACUUAAAAUGCCCAGAAUAGCGAAGUUUAAACUGUUCCCAAACAAGUUGUCAUUUCAAUCGCGUUUCGUUCAAUACGUUUUAUAUCAGCCGACGUAUAUAUUAUCAAAUUGUAUAUAUUGAGGUGGAUUUGCAUUUCGCAACAGGUCGCACGAUCGACAUUUUGCGACCGCUUUCCGUUUUGAAAUGUGUACAGUCUAAUGAAAUCGUUUCAAAUGACUGUUUGUAUUUCAAAAAGUACCACAUAAACGGUACACUACACAAAAUACUUAACGCUUACAUAUAGUCUACAGAGGUCUUAUGUACUCGACUCUGGGGUUAGAUGGGACAUAUCAAUCUACAUGACAAAAUAAAUUAGUUUCACAUACUUCACGAGAUGGUCUGCUUGCAAAACCCUGUGCAUGAGUAUUGUACAUCAUCAAAUCGCACCUAUAUCUAUAUAUCAUUAAGGAAUAAUUCAACACGACAUGUGCAUGGACUGACAAAGAAAAUAAACAAAACACCACAGGCACUAUAUAUAUAUAUAUAUGACCUACUACUAUACAAUAUUACACGGUAAGGUAUACUUUUCAGACCCGGUGAAGAUCUCAGAAACCAACAACUAAAUAAGGCUUACAAGAAAGUUGGACAACGCAAAAUCUCAAACGCCUGCAUGUAGAGGUCCAAUUACCUAUUUCUAAAAUACUUUUUAACGGAAACAGAAGUCAAAGAAAUUUUGAAACGUGCUCCAGACAGUAUGCAAGAUCAAACGGAAACAUCAAGAAAAAAGGCCAAGCUUCUCCGACGCCACAACCUUCCCCUACCGUCGUGUUGAAAACUAUUGAAAUGGAUUCCAUUUUCGAAUCUGAAAGAUCAUAUCCGCGCCAGAGCAAGUGUGGCACGUGGCAACAAAAAAACGAGAAGUUGAGAGCUUCGUGUUGCUCGAGUAAAUGUGCAAUGUUGCAAUUGGCUGGAAAAAUAUUCGUUUCUGUAAAGGGACUUUAUAUUCCAAGCAGACAACGAUUUGCAACCCCUUGCCAAUUUACUUUUGUUCUGACCUACGGUACAUUGCCUCGCGCAAAGGCCACUUGCCACUGGUACCGCCUACUGUUAUAACGGUUGGUGCAAAUUCUCAAUUAUCUCUCCGACUGACGUUGCACUAAUAGAGAGUAGAAGACUUCGAUAAUUAUUGAACUACAGAACAUAUUGAACUAAAAAAUGUACAUAUGAUUGUUUAAGGGUUUUUACUUGAUUUAUGUAAAUAUAAUGAUUUAUAUAUAAGCUA